GCUCACUUCAUGGUGUUUCAGGCUGCAAAACUCAACCAAUCACGUGGACUAUCAGCUUCUGUAAACGUACUUUCUCCAGAAGAAGAAGCUAAGCCAGCUCACAAGAAAAGAUCGAACACUCGAGGACCGGCAGCUCGUCGUGCAAAUCGACGUAGUGCUCUGCAAAAAUCACAGGUAGCAGCGUCGGCUACAAGCUUGGACCAGCUGAAGAGCGACACAAGCACGCUCAGGUACGAAGCACGAAGGGCCACACUAUUGCUACAGUAG